UUACCUCGGGAGCAUGGAUGGAGGUUCAGACUUCAGACAGCGAAUUCAAAAAUAAAACUGGCUCCCUCCCAAAUUGACAAAUACAUAUUUCCAUUUCUACCCUUCAUUUUCCCUGCUCUCCAGUCUCCUCCAUUUUGACCAUUUCCCUCUCUCACGAAAAAUCGAUUUUCUUGGAGAGAGAAACACAUAAUUAGGGUUUAUAGAGAGAGAAAAAUAGAGAUAAAUUCUAGGGUUUUAGCUUAUGGAGGGUGUUCCGGUUCUUGACACAGAAAACAUUAAUGUUGCAGGUGACAAAAUAAAGGGAGAGAAGCUGGAAAAGGGGUCUUUGGUUGGAAUUGCGCAAAGGAAAACGCUUGUUGACAUUAACAAUUUUCCUGCGCAAAGGAAAAUGCUUGCUGAUAUUAGCAACCUGUCACAGCGAAACCAAUAUGGGAAAUCACAAUCUGUUUUAGUUAGUAAAGAGCAUGUUGAGAAGCUCCAACGGGAUAUCAUGGCAUUGACAAAGCUUGUUGCAGAUAGGAAUAAAAUCAUCGAGUUGAGUGCAAUUGAGUUGCAGAAACUGAGAGUCAAUUAUCAGCAACUACAGCAACAGAAUCUGCAACUUGCCCAAACCAACAGCCAGAUGUUAGCAGAACUAAAUGCGGGUAAAGAUAAGCUUAAGGCAUAUCAACAUGAGUUGGGGUGCAAGAAUGGCCUGCUUAAUGCCAAAAAAUUGGAGCUGAAGGAGAAAACAAAGAAAGUUAGAAGCCAGAAUAUGAGAAAUGAGGUUGAAACCAUCAAAGGUGACAACGCAGCGCAAUUCUCUCAACCAGAGGACAAUAAACCUUGCAACACAAAAAGGAAGCGCCAAUCAAAAGUUCAAUCUUUGGAUUCCAGUGCUGUUAAACCAGGUCAAACUGAAGAUAAUGUUGAGAAGAAGAGUGUUUGUUUGAGAAGGCAAUCUGCUAUGUUUAAAUCUGGAGAAGAACCCACUGAAAAGAACAUUGUUACAAAGAGUAUUUCUCUUGACAGCGUUUGUUUAAGAAGGCAAUCUGCUAGGCUUAAGUCUGGAGAAGAACCCAAUGAAAAGGAUAUUGAUACAAAGAGUAUUUCUCCUGACAGUGUUUGUUUGAGAAGGCAAUCUGCUAGGUUUAAGUCCGGAGAAGAACCCACUGAAAAGGAUACUGAUACAAAGAGCAGGAUAUGUACAGGAAGGCAAUCCACUAGGGUUAAAUCUGAGGAUCAAAUACAAGAACCAGCUGAAAAUUUGUUUCAGACAGAUGAUGCUAAAUUUCAUAUUCCUCCAUUACAUGACGAUCCAGUGCAUGAAAGUUGUCCUACAUCAUCAGUUCCAUCUGUUAAAAUUGAAUCUGAAACAGGGAACAGUGUCCCUAGAUUUGAAACUCAAGAACUGCAAAGGACAUCCUUUCGGCCCACACGUCGAGCAGUCGAGAAAGUUCAGACCUACAAGGAAAUUCCACUUAAUGUUAAGAUGCGAAGAAGUGAGUGAGUUGAAAUUCUACAAAUUCUACCUUUCAUUUUAUAGCGGAGCAUGGCAGAGGAGAGGAUAUGUAUGCAAAUUUUCUACGUUCUGCUCUUUUUUGAUCCCCUGGAUGUUGUGUUCUGGAGGAAAUCUAUUUCACAUGCUGACCCUGUAAAUGUUCAAGCUACUGUAUUUUCUUUUAUUAUGGUUCGAGGUCAGUUGAUGAUUAGGAAGUGCACAAGAUCAGUCUACGUUUAGUUCAUCAAGUAUUUGAGGUGGACCUUAACAUAAGUAACACAUUUACGUGCAAUUUUACAUUUCUUUCCCUUUCCAGGAAAAAGAGACCAUAUCAAACUUCCUUCUAAA